AUGAAGAAGAUUUUUGUUUUGCGGAGAAGGAGGGACUUGUCCACCACUUCAGGGAAACAGAUAGUGGGAAAUAACAGCAGUAAUAAUGCCACCUCGCGGCAGGCGUACCAGAUCCUGGACAAGGACCUGGGAAUGAUCCACAAAGCUGCUGUAACGGGCAAUGUAACAAAAGUGAAGCAGAGUCUAUUGCUCCGGAUAAAUGGCGUGAAUGACAGAGAUAAGAAGAACAGGACUGCUCUACAUUUGGCCUGUGCCAAUGGCCAUGCAGCAGUGGUCACUCUCCUAGCAAAGAAAAAAUGCAUGUUGAACCUUGGUGACAAUGAAAACAGCACAGCUCUGAUGAAGGCUGUACAAUCUCAGCACGAGGAAUGUGCAACUAUUCUGCUAGACCGUGGUGCCGACCCAAAUAUAAUGGACAUCGAUGGGAACACGGCUCUCCACUACGCUGUCCUUGGUCAGAAUACAGCUAUAGUUGCAAAGCUGCUUUCACACAAGGCAAAUAUUGGAGCAAGAAACAGGAAGAACCGCACAGCACUUUCACUUGCUGUAGGUGAAAACAGAAAGCAAAUAGAGGAAUAUUUGGAAAAGGAAGGUACAGAGGUCAAGCUGCUGGAAAGUAUUCCCUGCAAAUCUACCGCUAAUGAUUCAGAGACAUCACUAGAUGACGAAGACUCCGAUUUUUGUAUCAAGGGUAACAGGAAACGCAGCUUGAGAAAUCUACUGGCUGGUUUUCCACAAUUCCAGAAACCAGUUGAAGUGAAGCCAAGCUUGGCAAUGCUACUAGCUGGUUUUCCAGCUGUCCCGAAAAGAGAAGAAGCAACAAAGCCAGAAAUUAAAAAAAAAGGAAAUGGUAUUGAUAUUAUUGAAAGUGCUUCACAAAACCAAACAAAUAAUGACAAUUUGACUUAUAUUGAUGGAGAACACAAAAGUAGAACACCAGUAUUAAGAUUAGGAAAAGAUGAAGAUACAGAAUCACCAUGGGAUUCGGAGGUUGUAGAAGAGCAAAGUGACACUCAGAAGCAACUUUCUCAGGAACAGAAUGCCAGCAUAUCACAAGGUGGAAUUUCGACCAGUCACCUUUGCAAACAAAAUGAAAUACAAAUAGCUCAUGAGAAAAUAAAUUCUGAGGUUUCUGGUAGUUCCAAAAAAGGAAAAAAAUGGUUGCGUGAAAACCACAUGUUGGCAGCUAAAGUUGCCAAACUAACACUGGAAAUAGACACAGUAAAAAAUCAGAACCAGGAAAUGGAAAAAAAAUAUCUUGAGGACAUUGCAAUUAUCAAAGAAAGUAAUGACUUUCUUCAAAAGACAAUAGAACUGAAUGAGGCAACAUUUACAAGAACAAUAUCCGAAUACAGUGGGCAGCUUAACGUUCUGACAGCUGAGAAUAGACUACUGAAGUCUAAACUGGAUACUGAAAAACAAAACAAAGAAAGACUGGAAACAGAAGUUGAAUCAUACAGGUUUAGACUGGCUACAGCUGGUCACGAUCUUGAACAAAGUGAGACAAUGAAAAGAGACCUGCUACUUGAUUUCCAGAGAGCAAAAAAUGAAUGGCUUCAUUUACAGGACAAAAUGAAUUGUGAUAUAUCUGACCUGAAAAAUAGAAAUGAGAUUCUUUCUCAACAACUUUCUAAAGCUGAAAGUAAAUUCAAUAGCCUAGAAAUUGAGCUUCAUGAGGCCAGAGAUGCUCUCAGAGAAAAGAUACUGGUUUUAGAAGAUGUACAAAGAGACCUAAGCCUGACACAGUGUCAAAAGAAGCAAGCUGAACACAUGUAUCAAAAGGAACAAAGUAAAGUGAAUAAAUACAUUGAAAAGCAGGGCUCCUUAGAGGAGAGGCUGUCACAACUACAAAGUGAAAUUGUGUUACUUCGACAGCAGCUGGAUGAUGCUAACAACAAAGCUGACAAUAAAGAAAAGGCAGCCAUUGAUAUGAAAGAUCAUUUACAGGAUAUCAUAGAAAUGUUUCAUGUCAAAAGUGAAAGUCAAGCUCAUUUGCUGAAUGAAAGAAAUAAGGAAUUAAUCAAGGAGUGUAAUAAUUUAAGAGAAAGAAUGCAUCAGUGUGAAAAUGAUAAAGCAGAAAGAGAUGUUGCUCUGAGAAACCUUCUACAAGAAGUGGCUAAUUCCCUAAAAAAACAGUCUAUGUCAGAAUCUUCACUGCAGUUUACAUCACAUUCUCAUAUGAAUGUAGAAGAUGAGACACAGGAAAUAAAGAGGAAAUUAGGUCAAAUCCAAAAUCAACUGCAAGAAGCACAGGAUCAAUAUGCAGCGAUCGUAAAAUAUGCUGAGGAGACACAAGAUAAAAUGCAAAAGCUUGAAAUUGAAAAUACCAAGUUAAAAGUUACAGUCCAAAUGCAAGGACAAAAAAUUGAACAGUUUCAGAAAAACCUGUUAGGUACAAAUUUGUCUCAGGAUGAAAAGGAACAGUUAAAGAAAUAUAUUGAGUUAAAAGGCUCUCUGGAAUAUAGCUUGGAUGAAGAAAAAGAGAAAAAUGGUGAAUCAGAAAAAGAGACGCCUGGAUUUCAGAAAUUGCUAAAAAAUACAAAAAAGAAGCUAAAUGAAUAUGAAAAUGGAGAGUUUAGUUGCCCUGGAGAUUUAAAACGGAUUCAAACUGAAAUGGACACUCAGAUUAAUGUAUUAAAAUAUAAGAAUGAUGCUCUUAAAGCAAAACUGGAAACAGUAUCUUCAAAAUGCCUAAAUCUGGAUGAAAAAAAUAAAUUUCUUCAACAGGAGUUAUUAUCUAUGAAAGCCAUGCAAAAAAAAUAUGAAAAACUAAAGGAUAAGAAAAAGGAUUUGAAACAAGAAAUAGUAAACCUCAAAAGUCACAUGGUAACGAAUACGGUAGGAUUCUGUGAACUAGAAUAGUAUAAAAGGGAAUGA